UCCCGGGAGGCCGCGCGCGGGCGGCUUCCGGCAAUAAACCCGCGCGGCGCCACCGCGGCCCGAGGGGAGCGGGCCUCCGCCCAGGAACGCGCCGCCGGUGGGACGGGCGUCCGCGCCAGGAGAACUAUGCCAUUUUUGGGUCAGGAUUGGAGAUCUCCUGGAUGGAGUUGGAUUAAAACAGAAGAUGGCUGGAAAAGGUGUGAGUCCAGGAGUCAGGAGCUGGAAAAAGAGAGUAACCAGCGGAACCCGGAUCACAGCAUAAUCUUAAAUAAUGAAGAUGAAGAAGUAUUCAGUAAUGAAGAGCAUGGGUAUGCUUCAAAAAAAAGGAAAAAGGGCCAUUUUAGAAACGACACAAAUACUCAAUAUUUCUAUCGUGAAAAAUGGAUCUAUGUCCACAAAGAAAGCACAAGAGAAAGACACGGCUACUGCACUCUGGGAGAAGCUUUCAACCGCCUGGACUUCUCAAGUGCCAUUCAGGAUGUCCGCAGGUUCAAUUACGUAGUCAAACUAUUGCAGCUAAUUGCAAAAUCCCAGUUAACUUCAUUGAGUGGUGUGGCACAAAAGAAUUACUUCAACAUUUUGGAUAAAAUCGUUCAAAAGGUUCUCCACGACCAGCAGAACCCGCGCCUCAUCAAAGGCCUCCUGCAGGACCUGGGCUCCACGCUGUGCGUGCUCCUCCGCGGGGUCGGCAAAUCCGUGCUGGUCGGCAACAUCGACGUGUGGGUUUGCCGCCUGGAGACCGUCCUCGCCUGGCAGAAGCAGCUCCAGAACCUUCAGAUGCCGCAGCAGGUGGGCCACGGCCUCACGCUCAGUGACCUUCCCUUACACACGCUGAACAGCAUCUUGUACAGACUGUCGGACGGCUCGGACAUCGUCACACUCGGCCAGGUGACCCCCGCGCUCCGCAUGCUUAGUGAAGACCGCCGGCUGUGGAAGGCACUGUGCCAGUACCACUUUGCAGAGAAGCAGUUUUGCAGACAUUUGAUCCUUUCAGAAAGCGGCCACAUCGAGUGGAAACGGACGUACUUCGCCCUGCAGAAGUGCUACCCGCCCCGGGAGCAGUACGGGGACACGCUGCACUUCUGCCGGCACUGCAGCAUCCUCUUCUGGAAGUUAUUUGGUCAAAACUUAAGCAGACCCUCAUGGCUUACCCACAAGUCUGCCCUUCAGUGAGAAACCAUCUGCGGCUGCUUCAGCGACAGUCGGAAGCCCUUUGUCCCGAGACGCCACUACUGUGUGUCCCACUGUCCAUGCUGUCGCUGAUAAAACAGGCUCUCCACAGUCAGAGGCAGACUCCUGCCUCCUCGUUCCCUGGGGACACGUGGCGACACUGUGGUCGGCUGGCCACGAGCCUGACCGGGCACCUCCUGGACUCGCCGAGACCCUCACCUCUCGGGCUGCGGGCGGUGAGGCUGGUGCCCGGUGACCCCUACUCACUCGUUUAUAGUCACGCGCCGCUCAGGGACGGGGCGCGUUCUGAGAUACGCACCCCCAGGCCGUGUGCGAACAUCACCCAGGCCUCACUCCCCUGGCUGGCACAGCUGCCCCCGGCUGCAGGCCUAUCCGGGCUGGCCCAGCACAGGGAAGGGAUGCAGCCGAGACACAGGAGACGCGAGAUGGAGGAGGCUGCUUCCUGCGGUGCUCGGUGCUGCUGAACAGAGACUUGGUGUGGCCGGAGCAGUGCACCGCAGUGACGACAGGAAGGCAGCGCCCGGAAGCCGCAGACCAGAGCGACCGUGACAACCGGGGCCGUGCGCUGCGCUCCGCACGAGGGACCAGCCGUCCCAUGCUCAGUAGGUGACAGGAGGCCUUCAGCUCGGUGGUGACCGAUGGGACACUGUGGCUCGGGAGGCCUGUUGUGGUCCGAAACGUGUGGCGAGUGACAGUUUCUUUUGUUCUGUGUUUGUCUGUGAUUGGUUGGAUGGAUCACAGCGGACGCUCGGUUGUUAGACGGCUUACGUUAAACUCUUCCCAGUUCAAAUUAUGUUUCUAUGUGGCUUCUUUUUAAACAUCGCCUGUGGCUGUGCCGUGAGCAGAGGCUCCUCCAUCUCGCGUCUCCUGUGUCACUGCGCCUCACAGCUUGUCCAUGUGUCCACGGCAGCAGUGUCGUGAACACUGGUGCUUCCAUGCGUGCACAGCACGAGCUGCCGUUAUUUGCAAUUUUCUCUGUCGUUUAGUCUGCUUUCUUUCCUGAAGUUACAAAGUAUGUCACAUGUUUGGCAGUCAUGAGGUCGUUCUUGAGAGCGGGGAACAUCAUGUCCACACUGACUGUCCGUGCCACAGGCACUCACAGCACAUGUUUGAUAGCGAAUGGACCAGGCAUCGAUCGACUGGGAGCUCCAGACGCCCAGGAGAGAGCCCUUAGUCCCCAGUCACAGCCCCGCACACACAGGCAGACGAUGGUGGGCAGAUACCAGGUGACUCAGAGUGCAGGGCUGGGGUGCCUCCCACCGGUGAGGCCGGUCUCUCCUCGUGUCUCAGAAUCAACAGCCGUGGCUGGAAACACAUGAGGCUGUGUCUUCAGCAACACAGUGACAGAUGACAUACCCUGGAUUUCUGCCUUGCAUUGAUGCUUCUCCCAAGUUUUCUCUUUUCCUCCUGAACAGGCUGCUUUAUUCUAAAGAUCUAUUAGAGGCUGUGACAUUUUUGUGGGGAAAAUGCUAUUCAUGGGAUAGAAGUCUUUCAAUCUUACACGUGAUGGUCAGACACUCUCCUAAGAAGAACCCCGAAGAAUGUCAGGACCCCCAUCUCUUCCGCGAUGGACAGAGAAGCUCUCUCUUUAGUCAGUGCCGCUGGGCACCCUCCGAGCACACUGGUCAGGACCCUGCACUUGGAAGUUCUGAUUCUUAAAACAGAGAGGGAACUUGCAGCUUUCCUAAAGGAUUUGCCUGCACAUUCUCUUACUGGGUGAACCUUCCUGGCGUACGUAACCACGUUGUAAAACGUCAGCACAAGUCUUGCCUACGAGAUGCCUGCCUGUCUGGCUGGAUGUACAUGAUCUUGCUCGCAGUGCUGUGGGGGCCACACUUCCCUGCAGUGACAGGCCUGGAGCGCGGGCCUCGGCGCACGUCAUAUUGCAGCCUUUCCUGUCGGCACCCUUCCAGAAGACAUAGUUGCACCAACGUUUUAAUUUCUGAAUCUGUACAUGAAAGUGUAAGAAAAGGUCAGCCUCUGCAGUUUCUGGCAGCUCCUGCUUCCGGUCAGCUCCCGAGGAAGCCCGGCCCCUCCUUGGCUGCCCGUGUCCUCGGCCAUGUGCGUGGCUGAGUUCAGGCCAAGCCGACGGGCGCCCUGCCCCACAGAGCUGCGUUUUGGGCCGGAACCUGCCAGUGUUGGGACGGUUACACAGCACCUUGCACGGGGUUGGUGCGCUUUUACCGUUUUCUUUGGCAUCCCCCAAUAUUUUGUGUUGACUGAGAAACUAAAGUAACAUCAAACCCGUUAGGAAAUGGGGAGGUUGGGAGGGGGCCGGUCACUGAUGGUCAGUUUGUAUCGAGCAUGUCAUCACUGGCUGUCUGUUCUGGCUUCAGCUCACUGGAGCGAGGGCCAAGUUAAUCUAUGUAACCAAAGGCUGCCCAGUGGGGUCAGGCUCUGGUGGCCCUCAAAGGGUCCGUGGAGGUGACCACUGCCCCAGGGUCACGAGGCACUCUGGAGAGACGCAGCCACCAGCAGUCACGUGGGGCUGUUUUGUUGCUUAUUUGCCAACUGAACGCCUGUGCGUCUCCACUUGACACAAGUCCAGCUGAGACUGGACGUGAGCGAGUACAGCGAAAGGCCAGGACCAGCCGCCAAGACUCUGUCCCUUUCUGUGGCUGUGUCCCUGCCGGAAACGUGUCAGGGGCAGGGCUGCAGUGGGGCCUGCAUGACGGAGCAGCUCCAGAUGACAGAGUGCGCCGCGGGCUCUGGAGCAGGUCAGGGCAGAGCUCGCCGGGAGGCUCGUGGGCUGCUGCUCCGUCACCUUCCCAAGUGGGCAGCAGGACGGUGCCGGUCUUGGUGGACAAAACUGUGACUUGGCAGAAAGGAGGGUCGCGUAGAAGGGGCACACGGGGAGCGUGGGGACGCAUGUUACUCAGCAGUCAGCGGUCUGGGACUUUCCAAAACCCCGCUACACGUGUGUUCAGUAUGAUCUCCGUGGAAGCAGCAGCGGUGCCUGCCAUGCACCUGCCCAGUGGCCACCCAGAAGGCUGUUGAGCACUGCAGACUCGCCAGCUGCCACUCUGAGACUUGAGGAAGUGGAAAUUCCUGGCAGUGUUACGGCCGGCUUCGCGGUCCCUGGCUCUCGGGGCAUCUGAGGGUGUCUUGCAAUUUCGCUUUAAUAAUACCUGUGUUGCCCACUUUUUACUUCCCUGAUGGUUUUGGUGGUUUUCGCGAGUGGUGUGCAUCAGACCUAAAGGCUGCACAGUCUGGCUCCUCUAAUCUUCUUCCUUUCCCUCCCUUGCUGCCUUCCUUCCUGAUCUGUCUUCACC